GACCGUUACUUCUUCCUCGCAGUCGCAGUGAUCAGGAAAAGAGAAACAGAGGAGACUCUUAAUUGGUUUUCUCUGUUGCAUUGAAAUUAUCGGAGUCCCCAUAAAAUCACCUUUCUUUCUUAGAUCAAAGAAAGAAGAGAAUGGAGUCUCCUCAAGCAAGAAAAACAGGGCUGAAUCUCCCAGCUGGAAUGGCGGAAAGGCCGCUUCAGCUUGAAACGUUUUCGGGUUCGUUUCGGGCGAUAUCGAGCUUGUCGUCCCCUUCGAAAAACUCGACUUGUAGUGACAGAUUCAUUCCUUGUAGAUCGUCGUCCAGGCUUCACACAUUUGGGCUGAUUGAAAAGGGCUCCCCAGUGAAAGAAGGCGGAAAUGAAGCCUAUUCAAGGUUGUUGAAAUCGGAGCUUUUUGGAUCUGAUUUUGGCUCUUUUUCCCCUGCAGGUUCUUCCCAGGGCCAUGGCUCCCCUAUGAGCCCCAGCAAGAACAUGCUCAGGUUCAAGACCGAUCAUUCUGCCCCAAAUUCCCCUUAUUCCCCUUCCCUUUUCAGCCAAGAUGCUGCCUAUUCUUCUGACAUCUCAACGCCCCCAAAGCCGCCUCGCAAAGUCCCCAAGACACCUCAUAAGGUUCUGGAUGCGCCCUCGCUUCAAGAUGAUUUCUACUUGAAUCUUGUAGAUUGGUCAUCACAGAAUGUGUUGGCUGUGGGACUUGGAACUUGCGUUUAUUUAUGGAGUGCAUCCAAUUGCAAGGUCACUAAGCUUUGUGAUUUGGGACCCAAUGAUGGUGUGUGCUCAAUUCAAUGGACCAAAGAGGGUUCCUACAUAUCCAUUGGAACAAAUCUGGGUCAGGUUCAGAUAUGGGAUGGGAGUCAGUGCAAGAAAGUUAGAACCAUGGGAGGGCAUCAAACAAGAACUGGUGUUUUGGCUUGGAAUUCUCGCAUAUUGGCAUCUGGAAGCAGAGAUCGUAAUAUUCUUCAACAUGAUCUUCGGGUUGCUAGUGAGUUUGUGAACAAACUCGUAGGCCAUAAAUCUGAGGUUUGUGGGCUUAAAUGGUCAAAUGAUGACAGAGAGCUUGCCUCCGGUGGUAAUGACAAUCAGCUUUUGGUAUGGAACCAGCAUUCGCAGCAGCAGCCUGUAUUGAGACUAACUGAGCACAAAGCUGCUGUUAAGGCCAUCGCUUGGUCACCCCACCAGAGCAGCCUUCUUGCAUCUGGCGGUGGCACUGCUGAUCGAUGCAUUCGCUUCUGGAAUACUGCAAAUGGGCACCAGUUGGAGAGUGUUGACACUGGAAGCCAGGUUUGCAAUCUUGCAUGGAGUAAGAACGUAAAUGAACUUGUGAGCACACAUGGGUAUUCCCAGAACCAGAUUAUGGUGUGGAAAUAUCCAUCAAUGGGGAAGGUAGCCACUCUAACUGGACAUACAAUGAGGGUGCUGUACCUGGCAAUGUCUCCCGACGGUCAGACAAUUGUAACAGGUGCUGGAGAUGAAACUCUUCGGUUCUGGAAUAUCUUCCCAUCAAUGAAAACACAGACACCAGUCAAAGAUACGGGCCUGUGGUCACUAGGACGGACGCAAAUUCGGUGAAGCCAAAUUUUGUAUUCAUUCAUUUGUUGUAAAUGGUAGUUCGAGCUGUGCUCUCGUGUUUUUAGUAUAAAUAAGAUAAAGGGAUGAUAAUUAAUGAAAUGAAGAUUACAUGGGUAGCAAGUAACGAAA